AUGGCGGAGGUACUGGCCACCAUGGUGGUCGGGCCGCUGGUGUCCAUGGUGAAGGAGAAGGCCUCCAGCCACCUCCUGGACCGGUACAAGGUCAUGGAGGGCAUGGAGGAGCAGCACAAGCUCCUCAAGCGCAAGCUGCCCGCCGUCCUAGACGUCAUCACUGACGCCGAGGAGCAGGCAGCGAAAAACAGAGAGGGGGCGAAAGCUUGGCUUGAGGAGCUCCGGACCGUGGCCUACAAGGCGAACGAUGUCCUUGACGAGUUCAAGUACAAGGCACUCCGCCGCAAGGCAAAGGCAGAGGGGCACUACAAGGAGUUCGGUAUGGAUGUCAUAAAGCUCUUCCCUUCUCACAACCGGUUUGUGUUCCGUCAUAGGAUGGCAAACAAGCUCCGUAUGAUUUUGCAAGAAAUUGAUGUCCUCAUAGCAGAGAUGAAUACCUUUAGGUUCGAAUUCAAACCACAGCCACCAAUGUCCAUGAAGUGGAGACGGACAGAUCCUAACAUGCCAGACAAUUAUGUGAACAUUGCAAGUGACUCAAGAGCAAAAGAGAAGAAGGAGAUUGUUGAUGCAUUGCUUGGAAGGGGGCAAUGUGGGUCUCACAGUCCUUCCUAUAGUAGGAAUGGGUGGGAUGGGCAAGACCACAUUAGCGCAGCUUGUUUACAAGGACUUCGCCAUUCAGAAGCACUUCGAGGUUCAGAUCUGGUGAAAGAGGCUAAAAAGAAUGGCUAUCAAAUGACUGGUGGUUCAACAAUGGAAAUGUUUAAAAGUGCGGUGAGUGGGAAGAAGUAUCUCCUUGUACUAGAUGAUGUAUGGAACCGUGAGGCCAGCAAGUGGGAUAAGUUGAGGUCCUACCUUCAUCAUGGUGCCCAUGGUAGCUCAGUUUUGACAACAACUUGUGAUGAAGAAAUUGCUCGGUUCAUGGGGACAAUCGAAGCCCAUAAGAUCAAGCACUUGGAACAAAGCUACAUAGAAAAAAUUAUCGAGAAAGAAGCAUUUAGUGUGCAAGCACAAAAGCCUGAUGAUCAGCUACUCAGUAUGGUUGGUGAUGUUGCGAAGAGAUGUUCCGGUUCUCCUUUAGCUGCUACAGCAUUGGGCUCUGUACUUCGUACUAAGAAUACCGUGCAAGAAUGGGAGGCGGUAUUAAACCGAAGCACAAUUUGUGAUGACGAAAAUGGAAUCUUACCAGUACUCAAGCUCAGUUACAAUUGCUUGCCACCACAUAUGCGACAGUGCUUUGCCUUUUGUGCAAUGUUUCCUAAGGAUCAUGAGAUUGAUGUGGAAAUGCUGAUCCGACUAUGGAUGGCUAAUAGUUUAAUCCCGGAGCAAAAAAGAGUGUGUCCUGAAGACAUUGGUAAACAAAUUUGCAAUGAGCUAACUCAAAGGUCAUUUUUUCAGGAGGUGCAGCAAGACAAAUUUUAUAGACAAAUUACUUGUAAAAUCCAUGACCUUAUGCAUGAUGUUGCACAGGAUUCAAUGGGAAAAGAAUGUGCUGCAAUAGAUACAAAACUGAGCCAAAGUGAGGAUUUUCCAUACUCCGCUCGCCAUUUAUUUCUAUCAGUUGACAUUGAAGAAAAUGUUUUGAAUGCUUCCAUAGAGAAAGGGUCUCCAGCUAUCCAGACACUAAUAUGUGAUAGAUCCAAAAUAGCAGAUGUGCAGAAAUUAUCAAAAUAUUUGAGGCCUGUCCGAGCCUUAAAGACAUGGCAAGGUCGAUUUCUAAAGCCGAAAUAUCUUCAUCACCUAAGGUAUCUUGAUCUCUCAAGAAGUAAUAUUGUAGCACUUCCUGAAGACAUUACCAUCCUGUAUCAUCUGCAAACAUUGAACCUAUCUUAUUGUGCACGUCUUCAACAACUUCCAAAGGCAAUGAAGUAUAUGACUGCCCUCCGUCACCUCUACACUCACGGAUGUCCGAAGUUAACGAGCAUGCCUCCAAACCUCGGACACCUCACUUCCCUGCAGACGCUUACAUGCUUUGUAUUAGGUACUGGCUCGAGUUGCAGUAACAUGGAAGCGCUGAAGAACAUGGACCUUGGUGGCCAGUUGGAGCUAAGGAAGCUUGAAAAUGCGACAGGAGCAGAUGCAACAGCAGCAAAACUCUGGGACAAGAAAAGGCUGGAAGAACUAACAUUAAGAUGGUCUGACGAUAAUGACAAGGAGGCACAUAAGGAGGUGCUGGAAGGCCUCCGACCUCAUGAUGGGCUAAAGGCUCUGAGGAUGUAUUGCUGCAGUAGCAGUGGUAUUCCAACAUGGAUGCUUGAGUUGCAAGGCAUGGUGGAGCUCGAGUUAGAAGAUUGCCAAAAUCUCAAGAAGCUUCCUGCACUCUGGCAGUUACCGUCCCUCCAGUUUCUUCACCUGAGCAACCUACAAAAUUUACAUUGCUUGUUCAGCGGUGGUGCCCCAUCCAAGUUUCAGAAACUGAAGAUGAUGUCGUUGAAGAAUAUGCCAAAUUUUGAGAUAUGGUGGGAUAGGAAUGAGGUGCAAGGAGAGGAGCAGAUAUUAUUUCCUGAGGUUGAGAAUCUACGGAUCGUGCUUUGUAAAAAGCUCUUAGCAUUACCAAAAGCGUCGGUGAUUAAAAAAUCAUCCGGUAGAGAUGGCGUUGAGUGCCGCUCCCCGUUUCCAGCAUUGAAGGGAAUGUGUUUAAGUGGUCUGGACAAGUUUCACAGAUGGGAGGCGGUCCAAGGAUCUUUAGGAGAACAAACAUCUCUCAAGACGUUACUUGUUGAGGAGUGCAAGAGUCUCAAAUCCAUUGCAUUCGGUGAGCAGCAGGACACGACGGGGCUGGAAACGUCAUCAUCAUUGAUCGCUGCAGGGUCGUCCUCGUCCAGCAAUGAGGAUGAAUCCACGGUGUCUACAGCUGUAGUACUGAAGCCGGUGUCAUCAUCAUCAGCCAGCAGUAAUCAUUGCUUCUUUCCAUGCCUUGAAUUUCUAGAGAUAUAUGAUUGCGGUGGCUUGUCAGGAGAGGUCCCGUCGCUGGAACAACUCAAUGUUUGGUCUUGCGAAAGCCUGGAAUCCUUACCGAAUGGACCUCAUCAAGUAUACUCAUCUCUCAGAGUUCUUAGCAUUAUUCAUUGUCCUGGUAUAAAGCAGCUUCUAUCGAGCCUACAGCAAUGUUUGGGUCACCUCGAGAAGAAAAAUCUAGACCCCCAUCUUCUUCAAGAGCAAGUGGAGCUUGAUUCCAAACCAGAGUCCAUGUCCGAUGGAGCAUCUACAUCUGUAGUACCGAAGCAGUCAUCAUCAACCGGUAGUAACCAUUGCUUCUUUCCAUGCCUACAAUCUCUAGAGAUAUGGAGCUGCGGUGGCUUGAAGACCUUGAAGAUUGGGCAAUGCGGCAGUCUUGUUUCCGUGUCAGGAGAGGUCCCGUCACUGGAAAAACUCGAAAUAAAAUGGUGUGAUGGCUUGACAGAGGUUGCCAACCUUCCUCCGUCCAUCAAGACCUUGAACAUUGCGUAUUGUGGCAGUCUUGUUUCCCUGUCAGGAGAGGUCCCGUCGCUGGAAGAACUCAAUGUUUGGUCUUGCCCAAGCCUGGAAUCCUUACCGAAUGGGCCUGCUCAUCAAGCAUACUCAUCUCUCAGAGUUCUUAGCAUUACUCAAUGUCCUGGUAUAAAGCAGCUUCCACCGAGCCUACAGCAACGUCUGGAUCACCUCGAGGAGAAAACUCUAGACCCCCAUCUUCUUCAAGGGAGAAUUGCAGCAUUAAUGAGUAAGCUGGAGUGCUUCAGAUUGAGAAGUGAGGACUAG